AUGGCUUUUACCAUCUUGGUUCUCAUUGGAUGGCUGGCACUCGAGACGUUUGCCACUAGUCUCUCUGUAUUGGAAUCUGAGUUCAACUCUCCUGCCAAUGUCUCUGCUCGUGCUAGGGUCCAAAAGCCAACAAGAUGUCCCGAUCAUUGCAGCUACGACUCUACGCAGUGGUUUGUGUACUCAAGCACCUCUAGAGUUGCUAGAUGCAACCAGACCAUGUUAUUGGACUUCAUGCUCCACACCCCGUUGAACAACAGUGAUACCCGGCAUACGAUAUACGCUUGCACUGCCAAUGCAACCGCUGGUCUUGUCUCCGAGGAGAGCUAUGAGGUUGGACUUUGGAGUGCUGCAGAUACAACAACUUCGGCUAGCUCUUUGAAUUUGACUCCGCUAAAUCAUGUCAAGGAAUAUAUGACUGAAAAUUGUCAAAAAUCUUCAAUUUUUGCAUUUUCAGAGUUUGAAGAGAUGGCAGUUGGUGUUUACGUUGGAGGCAGUCUUCAACAUGCCGACAACAUUGAUUCCGCUGCGCAAAAAGUGACCAAGAUGCUUAAAAGCACCGACACACCUCAGAGUAUGGUGUUGCAGUAUUGCGGCACUAGCUCAAACUAUACAUUAGGUAUUGCGGUUGAUCUAAAUGGUGAUCUAGCUGCAGUUCAGCAAUAUGUUCUAACGUGGAGCGAUGGCGAAUGUGUCUCUGGAUUCGCUACAAGCCAAGCUGUUCCUAUGACGCUCUUUUCAUCCAAGGCUUCCACUGCCGAAACUUCAUCCUCCUCUCCCAAGAACAACACCACUUUGAGUGUGAGGUCUUUCCGUCAUCAUAGCCAUGAUCACGAAAAUUCUCACUCCCACAGCCUCCAUCGACGUUCAACAUGCUCCUAUGUACAAGUCUUUGGUGGAGAUACUUGUACUACCCUUGCCGCAGAGUGUGGCAUCACACUUGCUGAGUUUGAAGAAUACAAUACUGCGUGCUCCAGUCCUCUUGCUGUCGGUCAGUACCUCUGUUGCUCAUCGGGUAGCCUCCCUGACUUUUCACCAUCCGCCUACGCAAAUGGAACCUGUUACACCUAUAACGUCGGUUCGGGGGACACUUGCUCCGCACUCGCUGCUGAAUACAGCCUAACUGUAGACGAGAUCAACGGCUUCAACAACAACACCUGGGGAUGGUAUGGUUGUGAUGAUUUGCAGGCUGGUCAAGCAAUGUGUCUGUCCAAUGGCACAGCUCCUUACCCAUUGGCGAUUGCGAACGCCGUGUGUGGGCCGCAGGUCCCAGGCACGAAUUUCACGGGCACUGAUGGCGCGGCCGACUGGGCCGCCUUGAAUCCCUGUCCUCUCAAUGCAUGUUGUGAUAUUUGGGGAGAAUGCGGAGCUACUCCUGAUUACUGCAAUGAUACUUUGGCUGCUAGUGGUGCCCCGGGCACAGCUCCUGCCGGCUCAAAUGGUUGUAUCUUCAAUUGUGGAACGGACAUUGUCAACAACGCAACAGCACCCGCAUCAUAUGCUGCUGUUGGAUACUUCGAAGCCUACAACGUUGAUCGAUCGUGUCUGAAUAUGGAUGCUAUCAGUAUUGAUCCGACAAAAUACACUCACGUCCAUUUCGCUUUCGGAAACAUUACUUCGAACUUUUCAAUCAGUGUGGCCGGCCAAGAACAGCAGUUCGAAUACUUUAAGGAGUUGGUGGGUAUGAAGCGUAUUAUCAGUUUUGGUGGCUGGGAUUUCUCAACCAACGUUGAUACUUAUAUGAUCUUCCGUGAAGGUGUCGCCGCUGCCAACCGUGAUACCCUAGUCAAUAACGUCGUGGAAUUUGUCACUUCAAAUGCCCUCGAUGGUGUCGAUUUCGACUGGGAGUAUCCUGGUGAGCCUGAUAUUCCUGGCAUUCCCGCUGGUAGCGACGAAGACGGCUCAAACUACCUUGCCUUCCUUCAAGCCCUACGCACUGCCUUGCCGGACAAGUCCAUCUCUAUUUCUGCCCCCGCCUCUUACUACUACCUGAAAGCCUUCCCUAUUGCCGCGAUAGCUGAAGUUGUGGAUUAA